AUGCGGGGGCGAGCCUUGCAGCUUGGGGAGGAAGUCCCCUUGGCGAAGCAGUUGGCUGAGCGGGCAGGAGUAGCAUACAACGAGGGGAUCCUGAAUCUGGUGAAAGGACAGGUACAAAGCGCCGCUGACGACCUGGAAUUGGAGGCUAGGCUAGCUGGCUCCAAGAAGUCACCUGGCCAGCAGGCCAUAGAUGAUGCGGUGAUCGCAAUGGAAAAGGUGAGGUCUGAGGCUGCCAGUCUGGCCGUGAGGCUCUUGUACAAUGAGCUGGAGAUGAUGGGUGUUUUCAUAGUGGCGCAGAUUGGCGUCACAGCCAACCCUGAGCGGGCGAAGAUGUCCCUCCUGGGCCGAUUCAGGCCUUCAACCGUGAGGCGGUACCUUGCCUAUUGGCAGGGCUUCCGGAAGUGGGUAGGCCAGACAUAUGGCAAAUUUCCCACCUCUGGCGAGCAGCUGGUCGACUAUCUGUUGGCCCGUGAAGAGGAGGGAAUGGGCGCUUCGGUGCCACUUUCAGUGGGGAAGGGUGUGGCAUGCUUUGAGAAGCUGGGAGCAUUCUCUCAAGACACCUGGAUGGCCUCCAACCCACUGGUAGAGGCAGUUGUGAGAGACUUGCUCCGGAAGCUUGAGGAGGGAGCCCCUCCUCGCAGACGAGCGCCGAGGAUGCUGUCAGCAUUCAUACCUGCGCUGGAGAAGUUGGUGGUCAGUUGCGCCAAGCUCCUCAAGAUUUGUGGCUCGCUCAGGUUUGACGACCUGGCACACAUGAGACAGGAGGCUCUGCUUGAUGAAGCGAACAAAGACCACAGGUGGGGGAAGCGGGUGAAGGAACUUCCCUUUCAUGUGUCGGAGCACGCCUGGGCAGUGCAUGAAAAGUGGCUCACCGUUGGUUUGGAAGUUCUGAGCCGUGCAUUGGGGGACACAUAUGAGCUCCUAGUGCCGGCAGGCUGGAGCCGUGGGGCCGCUGUGGGCGACUACAUCAUGUCAUACCAGGAGGCAGUGGCAUGGAGUACAGAAGUUAUGCAAGAGUUGAAGGAUGCUGGUGGGAACGCUCUCAUCCCGCAUGGGUGGGAGCGCUUUUGGACGGAGCACAGUGAGAGGGCCACUCUCUCGAGCGGCCUCGCCGCACUAGGCUACACGGCCUUUGACGAGGGCGCCAUCUUUGAGGAGCUCAAGGUCUGGCUCUGCGAGAAGUGGGCCGUAGACCGGAAUGAGGCUGCGGCAGCAGUGGACGAGUGUAGCUCAUCUGAUGAGGACAGCAGCUCCGGUCCAAAGAAGCGGAAGGUGGAGCGCCUGGAGCCUGGAGGAGAGGAGCUGAAGGCGGAGCUCUCUUCAAGCGACUCAGAAGAUGAAGUCGCAGAAUGCGAGGGAAAGGAAGAGGCGGAGCCAGUGGUGAGCAGCCGGCUAAGUGAGAGCAGUGCCCGGCAGUGCUUCCUGUGGAGCCCACAGGGCUCAAAGGGGGCCGCAAACAUGCCGCCGGUGGUUUUCACGGUAGAGCAGGAGGCGGAGGCGCUGAAGAGGGGCAACGCCGAUCUGAGGUACCUCUUUGAGAGGAAUGAAGUGCCGAAAGACAUUGCAGCGAGGUGGUUCCACGCAGGGGUCACUUCCUUGGAGAAGUUUUCGAACACUGCCAAGGAUGUCGAAGACUUGCUCAAUGUCCUGAAGGACCACAUAGGUUGUCAGCCGGGAAGAAGUGGAUCCGGACAGCCUGGUUCCGCAGUGGGACUCGAAGGGCAACAUCUCAAUGAGGAGAGGUGCAACGAAGGUGAAGGAGCCAGAGAAUCCGGAAUCACUCAGGCAGCGCCUGACUGUGAUGCGGAAUGCAUACCAGAUGGUGGCAUUGCGCACACCAACCCAGAGCUGCAGGGCGACUACGUCAAAGUCUUUGAGGACUUUAAGGACUACCUCCUGGGGGAACACGUGUUUGGGUUAAAUGCCAAGGACGCAGAUGGGCUCACAGUGGCAGUCCCGCCAUUCGGGCUUUCAUACGAAAAGGCUGUGAGGAAGGAAGCAGCAAGAAAGAUGAACCAAGAUGGGACUGCCUUCCCAACGGCUCUGCGGGCCUCAUGGAGGGAUGCCACAGUGAAGGAGAGGCACUUCACAACGCCCUUGGCCUUGGUUGCAAAGAGGCCCAGCAGUGCCCAACCCAGCGCGCCAGGGGAGCACGCGGCAGCCAAGAAACAGAGGUUCGAUGCAAAAGGAGGCAAGGACAAGGGGAAGGGAAAAGGGCGCCAGUUGCCAGGCUGCGCUUCCCAUAACAGAGAAGGAACGCCCAUCUGCUACAGGUACAAAGUGCAAAUUCGCACACCAAUGCGGCAUCUGCUUCUCCGACAAGCACGCCAUGUUUCAGUGCACAGUCAACAGGAGGCAGGGGGGGGCCGCCUGAAAGAAGCGCUUCACCGUGCUUUACCUCUUCUCGGGAAGGAAGAGGAAGAAUUCGCUAGCCUGGUUUGUCAGGUCCAGAGGCGGUGGUUACAGUUCAUUGACUCUGGGGCCGUGGACGCCCUUGUCAUAACACCCCCGUGCUCCACCUUCAGUCGAGCACCCUGGGCCAAUGAAGAGGGUCCUUUCCCUUUGAGAUCCUCAGCGUGCUUGAGAAGUUUCACCUGGAAUGCUGGUGAGCGGAGGAGGAAGGCUGACUUGGGGAACAACCUGGCAGACUUCUCAUUUGAAGCAAUGAGGAGACAAUUGAAAUGGCGACAGCGAUCCGCCUUUAUGGAGCAACCUGAAGACCUGGGUCGCACCCAGAAGGAGCGCAUUCCAGGACACAGACCUGGGUCAAUGUGGCAAUUUCCACAACAUGAGGAGCUGCUAGCAAUGGAAGGGGUGCAGUCCGUGGCACUGGCACAACUUGACUUUGGAUCAGCCAGCGUCAAGCCAACGCGCCUUUUGCUUCGCGCGCCAGGGCCCCUGCACCCAGAGAUGUAUGAAGGAUUGCCACAGCUGGAUGAAAACGGGUGGUACUGCGGCCCCCUGCCCAAGAAGCAAGGAGAGCCUUUGAUUGGCCGCUCUGGAGGCAUAUUCAAAACAGCAUCGGCCGCUGCAUGGCCACCGGCGCUCUGCGAAUGGGUCGCCACCCAGAUUAUGGCUUCGUUCCGUUUGAACAGUGGCUUCGAAGGGAUGGGCCAAAAGAUGGACCAAAUGACUGGCCAACAGGGCCGACCUACAAAAAGGAGCAGGGAAGAGGCUGCGGAGGAAGAGGUGACAGACCCUUUCGACCCUCCGGCAAAGGGAGGGCAAGGGUGGGAGAUCGGGAAGAGGAGCUUCCCUGACUCUACAGAGCGGAAGAGGCUGAGAGCCACCUUGAGGUUAGUACAGGAUGCCCAUUUGAGGGAGAAGAUCUUGGGCCUAUUGGCUGAAUUCUGCCAAGUGAAGGGAAACAAGGAGAAGCUGUUGGAGGUGGCGGUAGGGCAGCCAUUCAGGCAAGUGGAGUGGGCAUUGGAUUACGACCCCAUGGUGGCCUCCAUUGUGGAGAAGGCAAACUACCCGUCGGCUGCAGAGCAUGAGGACUUUGAGGAGAAGUUUGGGGGUGAGAGAGCGGUGGCCGCGCUGGCAGUAUUAGUUGAGGAUGAGGCCACUGGCAAGAAGCGUGUCAUCCACGACGGAUCACACGGGGCCCGGGAUGCCAGGAGGGAGAGAGAAGAGGCAGCUCUUAGGGAAGUUCCACACCGCAAGAGAUUUCUCCCUCAUAGGAGAUUUCCAGAAGGCCCAUAUAGGAGAUUCAAAUAUAGACAGGACGAGCAUGGGUACCUGGCAUGCAAAGUUUCAGAGGACGAUGCCUGGAUAUAUGUGAACAAGGUGGGCACGUUUGGUAUCACCUCCACGCCGUACUGGCCUUGCUGUACGCUGACGAUUUGGAAACAAUGGGGGUGGGCCAUGAAGGAAGAAAGGCCCAGGUGGUCUUCUUGUGAUCCUUGCGAUGCUUGGCUCCCCCUUCAAGUGGAAGAAGCAGCGGGGAGGCCUGUCCACAGAGUGGAUUGGGCUCACGACAUCUCACGACAGACUAUGGCGGAUACUCACUUGGUCUCUCUGAAAGAGAGCACGGUGGCUGGUUGCAUGGAUCGAAGGGCUUUGCAAAAAGAAGCUAGUGACGGCCAGGGAGUUCGCAGCGGGGCUGGGGCGGCUGGGUUUUGCAGCCACUGCCCUUCCUGGGAACGCCUGUUCCUAGGGCCGCUGUACACAUGGGCAGCUGCCAUCCGCGAGCAGAGACAAAAAGGUUUUGAUCCCCUGGGCUGUUUUGUCCAUUUUGGAUUGGAUCAGGGAAAAGUUAGAGAGUGGGGGCAGAAUGGAAGUGGUGCAAGAGGAUACCGCCCUUCCGGGCAUGGGGACCAUGUUCUUUACGGAUGCCAGAGCAUUAGAGACAGAUGCAUGCAUUGGCGGCUUCCUAGCGGUCUCAAAGGACAGAAAACAAUGCCCCUGGUUCUCAUUCAGAACAACCCCAAGAGGGUUAUUGCAGCCCUGGAGUUGCUUGCCACGCUUGUGGCAGUGAAAAUGUGGGGUGAGAAGGGAGGAAAAGAGAUGAGGGUAUGA